AUGCAAUUCGUGAGUGUGAAGAACUUGCUGAAUAUGACAAAUCCAGAUCAAAUGGAUUAUAUGGUGCAACAACGCUAUGAAAAUGGGGAUUAUUGUAAAGAAAUAGACGCUCAUCGAGUUGUCUACAGUCAAAUCAAAUGUUGUACAUUUGGAGGUAAUGACACGUACAUUUAUUUGGUGGAAGAGCAAGCAUUAUGCGAAUACAAUAUGACUGUUUGCUCACCUGUGGCAUGUGGACUUAUGCAGCAUGAUGAGUUUAUAUCGAAAGCAUUAACGAACAUGAAGGAAGACGAACGUAUUACGCUGGUCAAGAGCGUGAAAGAUAUGUUCUAUCACGCGUAUAAUGGCUACAUGACACAUGCAUUUCCACAUGGUGAUUUACAACCCCUGACGUGUCGUGGAAGCGAGUUUGAACUCGGUCGACUGCCUAUGCUUACGUUGAUUGAUACAUUAGACACUCUGGCUGUGUUAGAAAACGCAACGGAAUUUCAACGAGCAGUAAAGCUUGUGGUGGAAAAUGUAGACUAUGAUCUAGAUAUUCCAGUGUCGGUCUUUGAGACGACGAUUCGAGUACUAGGUGGGCUGUUGUCAGCGCAUCUCUUCGCCUUGAAUACCGACCUGAAGCUGUUCCCGGAAGGUGAAUAUGACGAUGCAUUGCUACGCCUUGCUGUGGACCUUGCCGAUCGGCUUAUGCCUGCAUUCAAUACUACUACGGGGAUCCCAUACGGCACAGUAAACCUAAGACGCGGAGUGCCCGAGAAUGAAACGCUUAUUGCCUCGACUGCAGGUGCUGGAUCGCUCUCUGUUGAGUUCACAAUGCUUAGCGUGCUCACAGGAGAGCCUAAAUAUGCUGCCGCAUCACGAGGAGCGGUGCGCGCACUUUUCCAGCGUCGUUCGGUAUUUGGAUUACUCGGGAAGCACAUUAAUACGCACAGUGGUCAAUGGACUGAGAGUACGUCUGGUCCAGGGUCCAAUUCUGAUAGCUUUUACGAGUAUUUGCUGAAGAUGUAUGAGCUCUUUGGUGACCGUGAAUCGUUGGAAAUGUUUAUGCAAGUUUACCCGUCAGUGCUGGCUCAUAACAGGCACGGUGACUGGUACGCUGACGUGUCCAUGCAUACAGGUUGUCUUAAUGGUUUGAAACGUAUUGUCUUUGAAAGCCUUGCAGCCUUUUGGCCUGGCGUGCAAGUUGCUGUCGGUGAUUUGAAUGGUGCCGCAGAAUCUAUGAACUCGUUCUAUCGUGUCUGGCGCGACUAUGGCUUUUUGCCUGAGCAGUUCGCUGUAAGAGAUUGGAAACCCGUGAAGUCUCGGUAUCCACUGCGGCCAGAGUUGAUUGAAUCGACACUUUAUAUGCACGAAGCCACCAACGACUCAUCGUGGCUUCGUGCUGGUGCGCAUGUGGUCCAAUCACUUCAAGAGUACGCCAAGACCUCCUGCGGCUACGCAAGUAUCGGUGACAUUGAGCGUAAGAAGCAGGAAGACUAUAUGCCUUCUUUUUUUCUUUCUGAGACAUGCAAGUACCUUUACCUGCUUUUCAAUACGACGCACUUCUUUCGAAGGGGAAAUUAUGUGUUGACUACAGAAGCCCACCCAUUUCCGAUCCUUCCAACGAAGCUUGUUGCGCCGAUUUUGCGAGCUGCCGACGCACAAGUGAGUAGCAAUAAAGUUGUAUACGGCAAUCGGUUUUCGCCCGAGCGCGUCAUGCGAUGCGAGAUACCCAAGUUCUACGACUUUAUCGAUUACUCUGUUUAUUACAAAGGCAAAUUUGUGGAACGUACAUCGCGUUGCUCUCCGCGUCUGCAAUCUCCUGUUUCAGUCCAACAGGAUAUCAAGCCAGCGACUGAAAAGAUUGCUACGACUGCGUUACACGAUACAAAGUCAACGACGACAGAAAUGGAAAUGCGAAGUCGGUUGAGAAAAGAGUCGAGAACAAGAUGA